AUGGCCUCUUACCAUAUGGAAGGAGACACUCUCGUAUGGUUCGAAAAUGUUGUCGAUGGGGGGUUAUGCCGUGAUUGGGACACUUUUUCCAGAGCAUUGCUGUUGCGUUUUGGACCCACGGCCUACGACGAUCCAAUGGAGGCAUUGAUGUGGCUGAAACAGACAACUACGGUUGAGUCUUACAUGAGCCAAUUUGAAAGGUUGACCAACCGCUUACGAGCUCUCUCGGAUAAUCAUAUGUUGAGCCGUUUUCUUUGUGGCUUGAAAGAUGAAAUUCGAAUCCCGGUACGUAUGUUAUGCCCUGUGAAUUUAAAUGCAGCAUAUGGAUUAGCAAAAAUGCAAGAAGAGUACAUUCCAAGCAUCAGAAAAAUUGCUAAAUCAAUGGGGGAAAGAACCACAGCCAUGGGUGGGGGAAAUUAUUCCACUAGCUCUUAUUCGAGCGACUAUUCUAACAAAUGGAGAAAACCUAUGGGGGGCGCUAAACCAAUUUCUUCUGAACAAAUGAAUGAAAAGCGACGCAAGGGCCUAUGUUUUAAUUGUGAUGAGAAGUGGAAUCCACAACAUACUUGUAAAACUCCUCAGAUUUACCUCUUGGAUGUAAAUGAGCAAGUAUGUGAGGAGUUGUGUGAGGAAGAGGAAGUGCUACCGAUGGUCGGAAUGGACGACAAAACAGUGCUGGAAAACCAAACUACACCAAGCAGCAGCAAGGAAGAGCUGGAAAUUUCCUUGGCUGCCAUAGCGGGAACCCCCACGGUGAGUACAAUGCGUUUACUUGGGAGUCUUUGUGGUGAACAAGUGGUGAUCCUUAUAGAUUCAGGCAGCUCACACAAUUUUCUAGAUUCAGCAUUAACAACAAAGUUGCAGCUGCCUAUGGAUUAUUCAGUGAACUUGAAAGUUAGAGUGGCAAAUGGCCAAUGUCUUAACAGUGAAGGCAUAUGCCGGACAGCCCAGUUAAAGGUGCAAGGUAAUCUGUUAAAACCCCCCCUUCAUUUAUUAGAGUUGGCUGGUUGUGACAUUGUGCUUGGAGUCCAAUGGCUAGAGACCUUGGGUCCCAUAACUUGGGAUUUUUCAAAACUAUUAAUGACCUUUAUGUGCGAAGGCAAAACCAUUGAAUUCAAGGGGAUGAAGUUGAACUCCUCGGUUGUCGAGGAUGGUCCAAAGUUAUUGAAAGCAACUUUGGCUAAAGGGAAGGGCAUUCUUUUACAGAUUAUAGGUGAAAGGGAAGUGAAGGAACAUUCUGCAGUGGUGGAGGGGCAAUUUUCUGAACUGUUAGAAGACUUUAAAACCGUAUUUGAUGAACCCCAAGGGUUACCCCCACCCCGUUCUCAUGACCAUCAAAUAAUCCUUAAAGAGGGCACUCAACCCAUCACAAAUAGACCCUACCGAUACCCUUAUUACCAGAAAACAGAAAUUGAAAAGAUUGUGGCAGAGUUAUUGGAAUCGGGAGUGAUUAGACCCAGCUUUAGUCCUUUCUCCUCCCCUGUUUUGCUGGUCUGUAAAGCCGAUGGAAGUUGA